AUGGAUCAAACCUCAAAAAAAUCAAAAGAAUUUCAGACCAGAAUGGGUCAAAGAAAAAAGAUCAAAGAUCAGACCAACUUGGAACAACAACUUCAAACGGACCAGGUGGAGGAACCAAGUCCAAAAAAUCACGCAACGAGAGCGCGACCGAGCAACAACAGAGCAACCGGGCCAGACCAGUUCAAACGAGAUGAGCUGGACCUGGCAAAAGUUGACAAACAUGGAGACCAAAGGUAUCGGAAAACUGUAGUGACUUUGAGUGAUUGUGAAUGA